UCUCUCUCUCUCUCUCGCAAUCCCUUGUUUUAAGCCCUUCCACCGUCCCCCAACAACCUCUGUUCCUUUAUACGCAUCCACGCUCCAACACACACACUGUCUUGCUCCUCCCCCUCCCUUUCCAACAUUCACUACAACCCCAGCGGAUUGUUUUUUUCUCCAUGGCUGAGGAGCACCAAAAUCCCGGCCCUGAAGCCUCCCCAUCCACCGAGGAUGUCGUCGUCGAGAAACCCAUCGCUGACAAAGUGCCUCCGGCCCCCGUACCGGAAGUCGAGGUAACGGAACAGUUGACUCCGGUUGCGGGAGAGGUGGAAGCGGCCCAGAAGCCCAAGACCGAGGACGAGGAAGUGAAGAUUGCUCAAUCGGUCUCUUUCAAGGAAGAGACCUACGUAGUCGCAGAGCUACCGGAGCCGCAGAAGAAGGCACUUGAGGAGCUGAAGCUACUCAUCCAGGAGGCCCUCAACAAGCACGAAUUCACUGCUCCGCCGCCUCCUCCACCCGCUAAAGAAGAAGAUAAGAAGGAGGAGGAGAAGGAUAAGGACACCGGUCCUUCUGCUGAAGUACCCCCCAAAACAGAAGAACCUCCCAAAGUGGAAUCGGACGAAUCUGUAACUGCACCACCACCGGUGGAAAAGAAAGAAGAGGUUGUUACUGAGGUGGUGGCCGCGGUGGAAACUGUGACUGAGACAACUCCACCGGUAGAAACGAAAGAAGAAGAGAAGGCUCCACCGGCACCAAUCACGGAGGUUGUCGCUGAGGAGGUGGUGGAAAAAGUGACGGCUGCCGAUGAGGACGGCGCGAAGACUGUGGAGGCGAUCAAAGAGACCAUAAUAGUCGAGGUCUCGGCUCCUCCAACAACAACUGAACCAGCGGAGCCAGCUUCUGAGGCUGCCCCUCCUCCGCCUCCGCCUCCGCCUGAGGAGGUCUCCAUCUGGGGUAUCCCGCUGCUUGAGGACGAGAGAAGCGAUGUGAUCCUCUUGAAAUUCCUAAGAGCCAGGGAUUUCAAGGUCAAGGACGCUUUUACUAUGAUCAAGAACACUGUUCGCUGGCGCAAGGAGUUCGGAAUCGAUGCUCUUCUCGAGGAAGACCAUGGAAAUGACUGGGAAAAGGUGGUGUUCACCCAUGGGUAUGACAAAGAAGGCCAUCCAGUUUGCUACAACGUCUUCAGGGAGUUUCAGGACAAAGAAUUGUAUCAGAACACCUUUGCCACUGAGGAAAAGCGCCACAAGUUCCUCAAGUGGAGAAUUCAGUUCUUAGAAAAGAGCAUCAGGAACCUUGAUUUCAGUCCUACUGGCAUCUCCAGCAUUGUUCAGGUCAACGAUUUCAAGAAUUCCUUUGGAAUCCGCAAGUGGGAGCUCUGGCAGGCCAUCAAGCAGGCCGUUCAACUGUUCCAGGAUAACUACCCCGAGUUCCUGGCCAAGCAGGUGUUUAUCAACGUUCCAUGGUGGUAUAUAGCCUAUAAUAGGAUGAUCAGUCCUUUCCUGACGCAGAGGACCAAGAGCAAAUUUGUCUUUGCUGGCCCAUCAAAGUCUGCCGAAACUCUUUUCAAAUAUAUAGCUCCUGAACAAGUACCAGCGCAGUACGGUGGGCUGAAGAGGGAGGAGGAAGAGGAAUUCACAACUGCUGAUCCUGUUACGGAGGUUACAAUUAAACCGGCAUCCAAACACACCAUUGAAUUUCCAGUUUCUGAGACCGGUCUGCUGGCUUGGGAAGUCAGAGUGGUGGGUUGGGAUGUGAGUCACGGAGCUGAAUUUGUGCCGACUGCCGAGGGCGGGUACACCGUGAUCGUACAGAAGACAAGGAAGAUUGCCGCUGCUGAUGAAACUGUGAUCUCCAACAGCUUCAAAGUUGGGGAGCAAGGGAAGGUGGUGCUUACUUUUGAUAACCAAACCUCUAAGAAGAAGAAGCUGCUGUACAGGUCCAAGAUCAAACCCUCUUCUGACUAAGCUCAAAAUUAUCGACGACUUUUAUGGCCUGUGGGCGGCGUAACUUUCCAGCCAAUUCAAUUGGGAGACAUUGGAAUUACAGAGCAGGGUUCUUAAAUUUGUUUUUAGUGCAAGGUUUUCUUUCUUUCUUUCUUUCUUUCGUUCCGUUGGUUGAAAGUUAAUUUGUUUGGAAAUUUAUAAAAUGGGGGAUUGGGGAUUUAUUUGUAUUUCUUUUCCAAGUUUUGUUGGUUAUUAUUAUUGUUAUAUCCUUUUUUUUUUUUUUUUUUUUUUUUUUUUGGGGGUCUACUUGGUUUUGGAUUGCAAACAAUUACUGGUGAAACAACAGCAUGAGAUGCACGAGAUGGGGACACAUUUGAGGUACACAGGUUUGGGGAAUGGGCAUGCGUGUGAACGGUGGACAGAAACUGUUACUAUUCUUGAUUCCCUCCCCCUCUCUCUGCCUGUAAAAUUCGUGUAAAUUUGUUGUAUUUAUAUAUUCCUUGUUCUAUCUAUUUUAGCUGAUCAUUUGUUAU